AUGGUGCGAACGAAAAGGAACGUUCCGAUGCAUAACCCCUUGGGCAACGUAGACGGGGGAGGGAGUAGCAACGAACCAACGAACAAGACAGCACCAAGCAGACCAUCACAUAAAAACAUCGCAUCCUCCAAAGUGAGUAGCAUGGCCGCAACAGGAAAAGGAACUGGAAAUCAAAUUCCGCAAAAGGGAAUGAAGAAGACAACGCGAAUUAGGAGGCCCCAUAGAUACAGACCAGGUGUAUUAGCAUUAAAAGAAAUAAGAGCCUACCAAGCAUCCACACAGUUGCUCAUUCCCAAAAUACCUUUUGUGCGCGUGGUAAAGGAGAUUACUAGGUUGUUCGAAUUGCCCAACGAACAACUGCGUUACACUCCCGAAGCCCUCUUGGCACUGCAAACCGCAUCGGAGGCUUACCUUGUCAGUCUAUUCGAAGAUGCCUACUUGUGCUCACUCCACGCAAACCGAGUUACCCUCAUGCCUAAGGAUAUCCACUUGGCUCGCCGUAUCCGUGGGCGAGACUAA